GGCAACAGGGACAAAAACAACAGGAUGGGACUUGACUUUCAAAUAAAAACAAUUUGGGAGAAAGGCCCUAUAUUAAAGCCCUCAUUCCUCUGGAGUAACAUCUGAACAAUGAGCACCUUCUUCUUCUCUGAUAACACGGUGAACGAGCUCCGUCUGGAGGGACAGCUGUGCGACGCCGUGCUCACGGUCGACGACGUCGAGUUUAACGUCCACAGGAUCAUCCUCUGCAACUGUGGCUCCUACUUCAGAGAUCUCUUCCGCAGCAAAUCCUCAACAUCAGGGCAGCAGGUCUACAGUUUUUCCCAGGUGUCCCCCAGUAUAAUGCACCUCAUCGUGGACUACGCCUACACCGGCUCUGUCGUGGUGACGGAGGAGAACGUCCUGGAGCUGUUGGCGGGUGCAGACUUCUUCAGGGUCCAGGGCAUCAUGGAGGCCUGCUGCCACUUCCUGGAGCAGCAUCUCAGCUCCAAGACCUGCGUCCACAUAUGGAGGCUGGCGGACACCCACAGAUGUCCUGAUCUGAGGAACAAGGCCUACCUGCACAUGCUGCAUCACUUCAAGGAGGUCGCAGGGUUCUCGCUGAAGUUCUUGCAGCUUUCUGUGGAGCAGCUGGUCGAUUUGAUCAAGAUGGACGAGCUCAACGUGAGACAGGAGAGCACCGUGUUCGAGGCUAUAAUCCAAUGGAUCGCGUUCGCUCCCGAGGAACGCAGUUGUCACAUGACCACCCUGCUGAGCAAGGUGCGCCUGCUCCUGAUGUCCACUGAGUACUUGAUGAACACAGUGAUCCCAAACCCCCAUGUGACCAGGAGUCCGUUGUGCACGAAAAUGGUGACUCAAGCCAUGAAGACCCUGCGUGAGUCCGGUAAACGCCGACCUCUGCAGCGCCCACGCCUGCCCCCUGUGGUGCUAUUUGCCAUUGCGGGUUGGGCAAAUAAUUGCCCGACCAACCGGAUCGAGGUGUACAACGCUCGGGCCGACCGCUGGGCGAGAGCGGUCAGCGAGGAGGCUCCUCGAGCCUUCUACGGCUGCGUCUUCCUCGGUGGAUUCGUCUACUGCGUCGGAGGAUACGACGGUCUGAGGUAUCUGAGCAGCGUGCGGAAGCUGGACCUCGCCGCCCGGACGUGGCACAACGCGGGGCCGAUGCACGCGGCCCGGUGCUACGUCGGCGUGGUGGCGCUGGGCGGCUGCGUCUACGCCCUGGGCGGCUGCGACGGAAACGACAAACUCAAAUCUGUGGAGCGGUACCGGCCCGACGUCGGCCAGUGGACCCGGGUCGCGCCGAUGAACGAGAAGAGGAGCAACGCCGGCGCGGCAACGCUACACGGCAAGGUGUACAUCUGCGGGGGCUUCGACAGGAACGACCCUCUGUCGAGUGCCGAGUGCUACACCCCCGACGCCGACCAGUGGACGCGGAUCGCCUCCAUGGGGAUCGGGUGCAAUGCCGCACGGGCCGCCGCCUUCAAAGGCAAAAUAUACGUAAUCGGGGGCUACAGAAACCGGUCCCAUACGAGCAGAGUCCUCGCCUACGACCCGCUGUCGGACCGGUGGAGCGCGGCGGCUCCCAUGAUCUCCCCUCGCAGCAGCUUCGGCGUCGCUGUGCUGGAGGACCAGCUGUACGUGGCCGGGGGAUUCGACGACCACGGCACCCUCUCCGAGGUGGAGCGCUUCGACGAGAAGGCCGACAGGUGGCACCCCGUCCGGGGCAUGAAGGUGCCCCGCAGCGGCCUCAGCUGCUGCGUGGUGGACCGACACCCCUACGCUACUGCGUAUCUGUAAUUACAAUCAACUCGCAUUUAUAUGUCGUGUUAAUAUGAAUCUGUAAAGUAGCUAAAAGAUGUCAAAUAAAUAUUAGUGGA